UCACGGUUCUCCUAUUUCCCAAACAAACGUCCGAUCCAUGGCCGCUCCGGUUUUAUCCAAGGCAGCGGAGAAGAUUGCCGCCGCAGCCCGCCGCCAGGCUAUUACCUUGACCGACUCCGCCGCCGAUAGGAUACGCUACCUCCUUCAGCAGCGCCAACGCUCUUUUCUCAAGCUCGGCGUCAAGGCUCGGGGCUGCAAUGGUCUAUCUUACACCCUCAACUACGCCGAUGAGAAGGGAAAAUUUGAUGAAGCUGUUGAGGAGAAAGGAGUGAAGAUACUGAUUGACCCGAAGGCAUUAAUGCAUGUUAUUGGUACUAAAAUGGAUUUUGUUGACGAUAAGCUCAGAUCAGAGUUUGUAUUCAUUAAUCCUAAUUCUAAAGGUCAAUGUGGCUGUGGUGAGUCCUUUAUGACUACUUCAAUGCAUGGCGGAUCCUAAAGGCAAGGGUCAGUAUCCAAUGAGAUUUGCCAUAAUUGAAUUGUUAGAUUUUGUACUUGUUUAACACAAUAUAUCCAGGCUCAUGUGCCCCAUUAUGGAGUAGUCAAUCAGUGUGUUUCCUUCCCCGAGCCGCUGUGUGUACAAUACGCUCACCUAUAAGAGUUCAAAGAGGAAUUGGUGCCUCGAAAGCGCAUACUAUCUCCUUCAAAUAUUCAAUUCUACAGAACUGUACAUAGAAAACUAAUGACUAUUUAUUCUUGCUGAUAUGAUCGAAUUGAUGAAGAAGAGAAUGAUGUGCUCUAUAUUGCAUUUUCCAAGUCUAUAAAAUUGGUUUUUUUAGGGAAUCUAUAAAAUUGGUAUUGAUCAACAUGAAAGGGUGUGUUCAUUAUGGGCUCAGAUUACUCCGUGUGAGAUUAGUGUGUAAUCCCACAUAGGGACAUAGUGUAUGAUUAGCUUGUGAGCAGCUAUGUGGUUCACAACUUGAUUAAGUUUGCACUUGAAACUUGAGUCUAGUUUGAAUUAAUCAAAAGUGUUGUAUUUAUG